AUGGUGCAGGGCACCGCGUCUCACGUAGGCAAGAGCGUGUUGGUGUCGGCGUUGUGUCGGAUUCUGCGGCAGGACGGCCUGCGAAUCGCCCCGUUCAAGGCGCAGAAUAUGUCCAACAACUCUUACGUUACCCCCGACGGAGGUGAGAUCGGACGGGCUCAGGCAGUACAGGCUGAGGCCGCGGGUGUCGAUGCCCGCGUUGAGAUGAACCCGGUGCUGCUCAAGCCGGAAGCCGACAGCCACGCACAGGUGGUGUUGAUGGGCCGUCCAUUGACAUCCGCGGGGGCCCGCGACUAUUUCGAUCUCAAAGCCACACUUUGGGAUUCGGUAACGUCAUCUCUGGACACUUUGCGAAGCCAGUACGAUGUGGUGGUUAUCGAGGGGGCCGGCAGUCCUGCCGAGAUUAAUUUGAAGGCCACCGAGAUAGUCAACAUGCGGGUGGCCCUGUAUGCCGACGCGCCCGUUUUGCUGUGUGGCGACAUUGACCGAGGUGGCGUGUUCGCUUCGCUGUUGGGCACCUUGCAGUUGCUGGAUCCCCCAGAACGAGAUGCAGUGAAGGGAUUCGUCAUCAACAAAUUCCGCGGAGAUGUAUCGCUGCUGACUGACGGGUUGACCUGGCUUGAAGAGUACACGGGAAAGCCGGUGGUGGGCGUCGUGCACCAUUUCCCCGCCGUACUGGACGUGGCUGUAGUGCAGGUGCCCCACAUUUCCAAUUUCGACGACUUCGAUCCGUUGGAUCGGGAGCCGGGUGUUGCCCUGCGAUACGUGCAGCACGGCGAUAGACUGGGCCACCCUGACCUGGUGAUUCUGCCGGGUAGCAAGACCACGAUCCCAGACUUGUUGUGGAUGGAUCAGCAGGGUCUGUCGCGGGCGGUGACUGAUGCGUUUGCGGAUGGUUCAGCCGUGAUCGGAAUCUGCGGCGGAUAUCAAAUGCUGGGCAACACCAUCCUGGACCCGGAUCGGGUGGAAUCUUCGGUGGGCGCUGCUGAUGGACUCGGUUUGCUUCCGCUGGUGACCACAUUUGCCGGAACCAAAGAAACCCACCGGGUACGCGCCACCGUGCAUCCCGAUGCUGCAAUGCCCGGAUCCCUGUUUUCUGGCUCAGCCAACGAAGAGGUUGUUGGUUACGAAAUUCACAUGGGCAGGACCACCGGUGAAGGUGUUGCACCCGCGUUCACCGUGUUGGACCGGGCCGACGCCCACGUCAACCCGGACAAUGCCCUGGACGGCGCCAUGGAUUCCACGGGUCGGGCGAUGGGGACGUACAUCCACGGGUUGUUCCACAACGCCGGCGUGCGACAGGCCCUGUUGAAUGAACUGGCCCGCCGCAAGGGAGUUACCAUGCUCCCGGGGUCCGACGUCGGCCGAGACCGGGAGUACGACAAGCUGGCGGAUUGGGUGCGUAACAGCCUGAACAUGGACUUGGUGUACGGCAUGCUGGAUUAUUCGCCCUCCCCGUAG